CGGCGGGGCCGGGCUGGGCGCCUCAAGCACCGAUCCCUCGUCUGCUAGUGCCUGCGGGUAGGACGAAGCGAGGCUUCAGCAGCCGGUCACGGCAGCGGCCACGAUUUAACCCAGCGGAGGCUUAUCUUGUCGGACAAGUUUCUGCUGUGCUCCGAGUCACGGCCUCAGGAGGGAGCGGAGUGGAGCCGACCUGAGCUCGGCUCAGCCCGGCAGGAGGAAGCAGCCGCACCGGCAGGUGCCGGGUCGGGACCAGCGCGGGGUAUCCCGGUGCAGCGUGGAGCAUGGACAGGCUGAACAAGCUGGCUGUGCCGGCUGGGGAGAAGUUGAGGAAGCUUCAAAAGAUGGUGCAUGACAUCAAGAAAAAUGAAAGUGGGAUAAUAAACAAAUUCAAAAAGUUCCAAAAUGAACAAGUGGCCUUAAUUUGCAAAACUGGGAAAGAUACUUGGGAUCGACUGAAAAAAAAACCUCCGCCCAGUCUACCACAAAGGGAUUAUGCUUCAGAACAUGCAGACAAUGAAGAGGAACAAUGGUCAGAUGAUUUUGACAGUGAUUAUGAAAAUCCGGAUGACCACUCUGACUCUGAGAUGUAUGUGGUCCCCAGUGAAGAGAACCCUGAUGACAGCUAUGAGCCGCCUCCAAGCGAGCAGGAGAAAAAGAAGAUUCCCUCUGCAUUCCCUCUUUCUAGGGGUGAAUAUGCAGACAAUCGCACCAGUCACCAGCAGCUUCAUCCCAUCAAGAAAUCUCUCCCAGGUGCACCCAGUCCAGCUGUGUCCAGACCAAAGAAUCCAUCCAUGCCAUCCCUGCCUUUGCCAUCCCCUGCCACAAAACCAAAAGUACCACCAAAGCCUAAGGCAUGCAGUGAUGAUGAGGAUAAUUACAUUGUGCCAGUGGACAAUGAUGACAACUAUAUUGAACCCACAGAAAGCAGCAUGUCACUACCUACAAGAUCUCCUGUGAACAGGUUUAUGAAGACAACAAAGUCAGUCCCCCCUACUUCUCCAAAGCCUUCUGUUGCUUCUGAUAUGCAAGAAGUCUAUGAGGUUCCUGAAGAAGAGGAAAACCCAUCACCAUUACCAGUAACCAGUAGGUUCACUAAGCCACUUCCAUCUACACCUGCUCAGAACACAGAGCACUCCCACAUGCAUGGCAUGUCUAAAGAGUCACCCAAGCUGGAUCCUUCCAGAAAUAUUUUGCCUCUUCCCAGAAAUCGUCUUCAUCCAAAAGCAGACCAUGAAGCAAACAAUAAUGAUGAAAAUCACAGCUUCAAUAACACAAAAGAACCCAGAUUUCCCACUGGAGCAGCUCCAUCUCCACUACCAAGGGGCCUAAAGAAAACUUCUAAUGCAGUAAAUUCACCAAAACCAUGUUUACCUUCCAGAGAGACCUUAACUGCAAAUGAAGAAAAACCUACAGCAGCAGAACGACGCCGAGGUUCCAGCCAAGAGCCUCCACUUCCACCGCUUCCAAGUGGGGCCCAAAAGCCUUUGCUCCAAAAGUCCUCAAUUCUGCCAAAACUGCCAGAAGCUGCAAACCGUUCUCUGGGUACUUCCCCUCACAGCAGCAUUUCGUCAGUUUCAAAUACUGCAGACCAGGAUGCUGGUGUUCAUAGUAAAGCAUGGUAUGCUGCUACCUGUGAUAGGAAAACAGCAGAAGAUGCAUUAUACCGAUCAAACAAGGAUGGGUCUUUUCUAAUAAGAAAGAGUUCUGGACAGGAUUCACAGCAACCAUACACACUGGUUGUGUUUUACAACAGAAGAGUAUACAAUAUUCCUAUAAGAUUUAUUGAAUCAACAAGACAAUAUGCACUGGGCAGAGAAAAAAAUGGCGAAGAGCGCUUCAACAGUGUUGCUGAAAUAGUGGAGAAUCAUCAGUGCACCUCCCUGGUUCUAAUUGACAGCCAAAACAACACAAAAGACUCGACAAAACUGAAGCACAUUGUAAGAGUUUCUUAAUCAAACUGACCUGCUAAAAUGAAGACUUUUUGAAUAAUUUCUUUCAACAUCCUAAAAUAUGUGGAUCAGGUAUGAAAAGAAGAAAAUCCAAAAGUAUGGAAAAUACUCUUCAAGGGCACCUACUGAGUAGUAAGAGGUGCAGUUCAUAAAGUUCAACCCCAAGUCACUUCUACAAAAAAAGCACCUGUAUUUAACACAAGAAGCCAAAACAGAUAUACUCUCACAUGUGAUUUCCAUCAGUGACAAUAAGGGUCUUCAAAGUCACAUGAAGAACAGCUGUGUACCCCAGCCUGGUCCUUUGACUGCUAUUUAAAGAUAGAUUUCCUGUAGGACAUUUUCACUGUAAAAACAGGAAUGCCCACAGUAAUCUACUCUUUCAAUUUGUUACAUUUACCACAGAUCACUGCUUUCACCAAUUUCUUUGUAAAGUGCACAGCCCCAGAAGUUAAAGCAACUCCAUGUAACCUACUACUGUGUACAAGCUGAAAACAGGAAGGUACUUUGAUCAGCAGCAAUAAAGCUGUCAAUAUUUUAGAUUAAUGGACAUGCGUUGUCCUUUUCCUCUGCUUUACUCUGUUUCAUUAAUAUUUUUGUUUGUAUUUUCAAAUGUGCAAAUAAAACUAUUGUAAAGUCAA